GGGGUUAUGGGGUGGGAGUAAUUACAGAAACAAAUCCUUGCGUUAGCUUUUAUACUUUAUUGAAAUUAAUCAAAGUAUCAUUUUUCCCAAUCUUAUAAAUUCUUUGAGAGAAGAACUAUUUUCUAACACCUUUUUGUAUAAGUUCUCGGGAAAUGUAGACUAGCAAAAACCUGAACACCUAAGUCCUUGUUCAAGAGAUGUGGAAAGCACAGAAUUUGGAAUCAAACAGAUCCAAUUAAAUGCCAAUUUUUGUGGCGCAUUAUGCUACCUCUAAGGAUUCAUUUGGACCAAGGCAAAUGGAAGUUGCGGUAAAUGGAAGUUUCCACGUUGGGAGAUGUUUGCAGCCACCGACCCACUCGAGGGCUCUCCCGCAAGGCCUGACUGUCCUGCUUACAGCGCCGCCCCUACUGCGCCCGUGUCCCUCUCAGGCUAUAUUCUCUCUCUUAUGUUUCAUAGUAAAUGUUUUGCUGCGCAUUGCCUAUCUGCCACCCUCUACAACAUAAGGCUUUAUUAGGAAAAACAUCAAUUUUUUUUACUAACAAGGUGCUUCUAGAGAAAUUAUAUUUCAGAAAUUCAGGUUUCAUAUAGGCACAAAAUAUUUACUUUGCUGGAAUGCUGCGAGAAUGAAGAGAAACUGCAAGUAGUUGUUACUUGGUAGAGAUGGACCCAAGGAGGGUGCUUAAAUGAUGCUCGAUGUUACCAAAAUUAUUUGAAUGGCAAGUGACUAUACAAACAUGCAGCUCAUGUAUGAGGGAACUGAAGUUAUUUAACAGUGUGUCACCACUAACCAACUGGCGUGUCAAAAUGACACAAAGCAGAAGUAUUCACAGCAGGCAAUGGUAUGGAAAGACUUGUCUAGAAAAAUGGACUAUGGUUUUAUAUUUAAUUUGAAUUCUAAUUUCAGUUAUAAUUAAUGGAAACGCCACCACAGAGGAGGAAAACACAGGUCAUUUUAGGGAUGCUGUGAGAAUUAAACAAGAAGCUGCAUGUAGUUGCUGACUGGUAGUGUCUGACUGAAAGAAGGUGCUAAAUGUUGUUCAAUGAAUUAGAAACAGAAUGAAAAAUUUUUAUUCAUUCAGGGUUAGUCUAUUAAUAAUUUAAAUUGUCUGGCUUGCUUCUACUGGAUUUUCUGAUUUUGCUUGACAAAUGAUUCCCUACAUUUGUCAUUGGUCCACUAAAGAUAUAUAAAACCAGACAGAUAAACCCUCCUGUCGGUGGCUUCCCAUAUGGAAACACUAGUUUUAUUAGUAAUUGCUCGAAACUGGCAGCAACCAAAAUGACCACCAAUGUGGCGAGAGGCUACUACCUUGGAUGAUCCCAUUGCUGACCUCACUUGGGUUUUAGUUCCAGUAUCAUCACCUCUAAAGCCAGGCAAGGUAUCUCUCUGCCCCAGCACAGAACUGGCAGGGGGAAGCACAUAUCACAUUACCUCAAAUUAUUUUUCUUAGUUUUUUCUAACACGAUAGCCAUGAAAAUAAGUAUUUUUUUAAUAUCAUCUCUUGCAAAAACUGCAUUGCACAAAGUAUGCAGUCAAUAAUAACACAGGAUACAUAAAUGCAAAUUUUAAAAAUCUUCAACUAUGUCUUUUAAGAUACUAAACUUCUAAGUGGACAGAAAUAUCAUCUCAAAUGACUCACUGCUGGCAUGGGGAAAGCUUGUGUAUUAAAGCUACUUCCUUCAGGAAGCCUUCCCUGACACACCAAGUCUAAGCCAAGUGCCUCUCAUAUGUUUUCUUAGCAUCUAGUGCUUUCCAUCAUAACCCUUAUUAUGUUGUAGUUAUUUGUAUGUUUUAUUGAACUAUCUCUACAGGAAUAAACAAAUAUAUGAACUGUCUGAAUACCUUUUCCACAGUUGAUAAAUUCACUUUUCCAAACUAAAACAUGGAAAAACUAGGACAUUUUUAAAGCCCAGUAACCUGGAGGUCAUAUUAUGCAAGACACACUGUGGCCACCGACGAAAGGCCCCACUUGGUUUAUGAGGCAUCGUCCAGUGCUUCCGCGGGGAUCUGGGCAAGGGUUCAUUGGGUGCAGGAUGGACUGGGAGGACUCCGGACUAACUCCAUUUGGAACUUCUAAUCUCUGCCUCACCCCCAGAAUGACAACACAAUGCAGCCCUCUCUGACAUAAGCUCGUAACCCGCUUGCCACAUAAUCAGCAUCCAACCCUCUCCUAGCAGCGGUCCAGGGAUAACACUGCCUUCAAUGUAAAAAUGUGCCAUUUGCAGCCACUACUUCUACCCAUCACCGGCACAGCCUGAGCUGAAAGGAAAUCACCGGUCUCAUUACCCAGCUUACUCCUUCACAACAAUCGGUGAAAAUGUUGGAUUAUUAUGAGGUUUUAGGAGUGCAGAGAUAUGCUUCGCCGGAGGACAUUAAAAAGGCUUAUCAUAAAGUGGCACUUAAAUGGCAUCCUGAUAAAAACCCGGAAAAUAAAGAAGAAGCUGAGAAAAAAUUCAAGGAAGUAGCAGAGGCAUAUGAGGUAUUAUCAAAUGAUGAGAAACGGGACAUUUAUGAUAAAUAUGGCAAAGAAGGAUUAAACGGUGGAGGUGAAAGUCAUUCUGAUGAUUCUUUUGAGUAUGACUUCACAUUCCGUAAGCGAGAUGCUAUCUUCAAAGAACUUUUUGGUGAAAGGGAUCCAUUUUCAUUUCAAUUCUUUGAAGACUCCCUUGAGGAACUUUUAAAUAGUGUAAGAAGCUCAUAUGGAAGCAGAAACAGAAGUACAAGAUCCUUUUUCUCUACCUCCAGUGAAUAUCCAGUUUUUGAGAGGUUUUCUUCAUACGAUAUGGGAUAUACACCAUGUAGUUCCCUGGGCCAUGAGGGCCUUCAUUCAUUCUGUUCCCCAUCAGUCAGUGGGAUGGAUGACUAUGUAUCUUUAUCUGAAGUUACAACCUCGGGUAAAAUUAUUAAUGGCAGAAAUGCCAACUUUGAAAAUGAUCAGGAGAUAGAAACUGAAGAUGAUGGCGAGCUGAAGUCCUUCCUUAUAAAUGGUGUGGCAGAUGAAGAGGGCUUUGCAGAAGAAAGCAGCUGGGGACGACACGCAUUCCACACUUACCCACCACACUGCUGCUGCCCCAGACAUGUAUCUCAAUGCCCUUUUGCGGACAAUGGUGUGCAAGGUAUACCUUUGGUCACCAGCAACUGGGAUCCCUUUAUUUUCCCCGCAGGAUUCAAAGAAGGUGGUAAGAGGAGAAAAAAAAAGCACAAAGAGGUACACAAGAAGUCGUCAAACAAAAGGAAUCGUUAAAUUGACUCUUUAGACACAUUAUAUAAAAUUUGAACAUGACUCUUUGUGUG